AUGGGAUCAUUCCUCAAGAUGAAUAACAUACACGCCCCAACAGUGCCUUCAGGCCCGACUAGCAAUGCGACGGCCAACGGCCAUUUCGGCCGUCUCACAUUCGCGGAACUCCAAAAGAAAAAAGAUGACGUGGAGGCUGAGUUGAAAGCUCUCGGCGCGGUUCUCGAUUCUCAUGGGGCCGACAUGAACACCCCCCUUACAACUCGAGACGGCUUCCCGAGAGCGGACAUCGAUGUUGCUCAAGGUAAUCCCACCCGAUCCAGCGGCCGUUCAGCAAUGCGUACUACGAGAGCCCGUAUCAUCCAUCUGAGAAACGAUUACAAAAGUCUUAUGGCCGUGAUUGAGAAGCAUCUUCACGAUCACUUUGCCAGCUUACAAGAAGACGAUAUCUCCUCAGUUCGAUCUUCCGGGGAUGCCAGCCUUCUGGCGGAUCACUCCGCACCUCGGCCGCCGGAGCCCUUCGCCAAGGUCAACAGUGUUGUCCCAGGAAGUCCAGCUGAGACAGCGGGUCUGAAGCCAGGCGAUGAAAUCAGCAGUUUUGGAUAUGUCAACCUCUCAAACCAUGACAACCUGACGAAGGUGGGCGAGUGUGUUCAAGGGAACGAAGGUCGACCGAUCUUGGUCAAAGUAUCGCGGCACAGUUCAGGCACGCGCCGAGAAAUGCAACUUACAUUGACGCCAAGACGCAGCUGGGGUGGCAGAGGUCUACUGGGCUGUCGUAUUCUGCCUCUGUAA